AUGGGAUAUUUUCACUUCCAUUCCAUCUCAGAUUCAACUUCUAAACCACCAAAUUUUACCAUCCGGAGGCUCGUAGAAUAUUCAGACAUCGAGAAGAAUUCUUUUUCAGACAAAGAAAUUCAACAUCUUUGUUCUUAUAUAUCCUUUAACAACGGAAAGAAAGAACCUUCACGUGCGGUAGGAAAGUUCCUGAACAAGAUAACCACUAGAGGUUUUGGAUUUCUCACCAUGCUUGAUCUAGAAGGUGUCUACAAGCCAGCGCUACCGGAAACACUCAGAAGAAAACUGCCGCUUCUAAGGCAUACAACCUUCGGCAUCUCUAUAUGCACGGGAUUUUUCUUGAAAUUGCGAGAAAUGACGAUGAGUUUCCAAUCCACUUUAAAACCUUAUGGGGGCGUAGUAAUAGGCAAUAGCAGGCGUACAGUUAACUGGUUGACGAGGUUGAGGGGUAUAAGGAAAUUGGGAUUGACAUGCCACACAAACUCAAUUCAAGAAAUAGCUUACUGGAUUUCACAUCAGACUAGUCUUCAAUCUUUGCGGUUGAAAUCAGUGGAUGACAAUAAUAAACCUUCACUUGUCCAUUUUCCAUCCAUGUCUAGUCACAAAAUGCUGUCAAACUUGUAUUUGGUUGGAAUGCUCAAUCGAUUGGACAUAGAAAAACUUAACAGAAAUCUCAAAGUCCUUGCAUUGUCAGGGUCUUGUCUAUCAGAAGACCCAAUGCAGACACUAGAAGGGUUGGAACACCUGAAAGUCCUCAGGCUUUUCGCAAAUUCCUAUUCAGGGAAAAAGAUGCAUUGUCAUAGUGGCAGCCGUGCAUUUCCCCAACUCCAGGUUUUGAAGUUAUGGAUGCUAACGGAGUUGAUAGAAUGGACUAUCAACGAAGGAGACAUGCCUGCCCUGAGAGAUUUAGAGAUUAGAUGUUGCAAACGUCUGGAGAAGCCAAUUGGAUUGGAGAAUGUGACUUCGCUAAAGGAAUUGACCUUAACCAGUAUGAAGAAAGAUUUUGUAGAUGAAGUUAAAAGAAGCAUUGGCAAAGACGUAGUCGUGAUUAAAAACCACUGGAACUUUCAACCUCUAUUUGUGAGUAGUUUUCAUCUUUUUUAUUGCCUUGUUCAUCUGACAUUGUUCAUAUUAUUACAUUUUCUGCGCUGA